CCCCGCGCAGCUUUCUCAGAGGCCGAGAUGGACGUCACCCGGUGGUUCGCAACCCAACUCGGUGCUCUCGAUUUGCCCAGCGUCCGCGUUGUCAAAGAUCAUCGCGCUUUUGUCCUCAAGACAGCGGGAUCCCAGCCGGAGAUGGUCAAAAGCUCUCUUGGGAAUUACUAUUACAAGACAAGCCUCGGAACAAUUCUGACACAUGAGAUGGCCAAUCCAAUGGUUCGCCCUCUGCUACAUUUGUAUCCGGAGAAGAGUGCGCCACACCUGUCUGAGGCCCGUCAGGCUGACAGAUGGUUGUCUGAAGUCGAGCCCAAGUAUGCCGGCAUCAUGGCGCGCGAUGCUGAGGGACAGCAAGACUAUUACAUACACGAGCCGUGUCUC